UCAGACCUUUGGUUGUGUGCUUGUGUGCGCGACUCCUGAGGCUGGGGUCCCGGGCUCGGUGAGGAGGGUCGCUCCGUGUCUUGGUGUGCGGUUCGGUGGGAGCCAGACGAAUCCACUUGGCCGGCGUUUCUGCUGCCGCGCCGGCGGGGCAGUGCCGGUUGGACAGGGGCCGGGCUGGUGGUUAGCGAAACGCGAGCCGGAGUCGCGCCAUAGCUCCGGGUCCAGCCGUUCGCACCGGUCCGGCCGCCACGGCGAAUCCCGCUUAGUUAGAAUAAGCACCCAACUGGUAAACUUUUAACUACAUCCUAAAGUCAUCAGUGUUGUGUCUUCCUUGCUUCUUGACUGGUGAGAUGGAAGAUCUUCGAGGUAUAGCUGAAGAGUCAUUUCCGAACUUUUUAACCAAUUCAUUACUUGGUAAUAGUGGGAUUUUGGAAAAUGACACGCUUUCUUCAAAUCUUGGCUUGCCUGUUGCUGUUUCAACACUUGCUAGAAAUGGAUACAGCACUGAUAACAGGUAUUCUGAUAUUCAGGCAUCUUAUUUAGUAGAAGAGAAGUUUUCAGUUCCAUCUGAGUCAUCUCUCAGUAGCCAGAGUGAAGCUGAACCAAGAAAAAAGUUACAGCUUAGCUUCCAGGGUGAUGAUUCUGUCUCUAGGAAAAAGAUCCAUAUAGAAAGCCAACAUUUGUCAGAUGCUGUCCUCAGAGAAUCAGCUUUUCCUAGCAAUCUAGCAAAAACAGAAGAGGAGGAGGCUACAACUGUAGAAUCCUUUCAGAGCCAAGAUCCUUGUGUUAGGAUUUUACCACUGGAACAAGUGCAAGACUCACCUAUUGAUUUUUAUUUACAAUCAUGGAUGAAUAAUGAGAAUAAGAUUUUUGUUCCUGAUGCUGGAAAACAUUUUGAAGACAAGAAUUUAAACAAUGACUUAAGCCAUACUAGUUUACUAGAAAAUGAGAAACUUAUGUCACUGACAAGCUUGGAAGAUUCUUCUGAUGAUGAUAUUGAUGAUGAAGAGUUUUAUGAUGAUCAUUUGGAGGCUUAUUUUGAGCAACUGGCAAUUCCAGGAAUGAUAUAUGAAGACCUAGAAGGACAGGAACCUCCAGAAAAAGAUUUUAAGUUACCUACAAGUGAUACUGGUCAGGCAAAUGAAAACUAUAGUUUAAACUAUAAAUCUCAGUCAGAAAAUAUCAACUGUCUGAUUUCCCAUGGCUCACACUCUUCGGGAAAUUCUGAAACAACCCACAGAGAGUCUGAGGAAGACCAUGUUGUUUGUCUACCUGGGACCAGUAAUUCUGAUAGUAGAAGGUAUAUAGAUGGUGCAUUACCAUUUUUCUCUAGUACCUGGAAAAUUGAAAAAGAGAAAGAAAGGGCAGAAAUUUCAAAGGGUACUGUUCUACAUUGCGGAAGCGAAUGCACAAGAGAAGAUGUUCUGGUGAAGACUAUCACAGCUACUCAUGCAAAAUUUAAUCCUGAUUAUUUUCAUGACAAAAAUGCCAGUAAAAGUGAUUUUGACUUGACAGACCCUUUAAAGCUGGAGGCAGGGUCUCCUCAUCAAAAUAAGCUUUUAGCAUCAGAUUCAGAAAUAGUUUUGCCCAAGAAUAGAUGUUUAGAUAUUGAGACUCCUAAAGUAUCCAAUCAAAAAAAUACGAACAUAGCAUCUUUGAAAUCCAUUAGUGACAAUGAAAUUAAUUCCACUGAUACUCUUCGGUCACCAACUAGUGAAAGGCGAACAUGUGAACGUUAUGAGUACAUUGAAAAGAGUAAAGACCAAACUGAUCUACCACAGAGUGUGGUCUAUCAAAAUGAAGAAGGUAGGUGGGUCACUGACCUUGCCUAUUAUACAUCUUUUAAUGAAGAACAAGAUUUAAAUAUGUCUCUAACUGAUGAGAUGAAUGAAGAUUUCAGAUCUGGUUCUGAGGCAUUGGAUUUGAUUGCACAAGAUGAAGAAGAAUUUAACAAAGAGCACCAAUUUAUGCAGGAAGAAAAUAUAGAUGCACAGAACACUUCACUUGCACUAGGGGAUACAUCUUGGGGAACUUCAAUUAAUUACAAUUUGUUGAGGAAGUCACUUAGCACAUCAGAUCUGGACAAAGAUGAUGCCAGUUAUUUACGUCUAUCUUUAGGAGAGUUCUUUGCUCAAAGAUCUGAAGCUCUUGGUUGCCUCGGUGGUGGUUACAAUGUGAAAAGAGUAAGUAUGCCAUCAUUUGGUUAUUUUAUUAGAUCACCAGAGAAGAGAGAACCUGUUGCUUUAAUAAGAAAAUCUGAUUUAUCAAGAAGUAAUUUGGAAAAAGAAAUGGCUCAUCUUAACCAUGAUCUAUUUUCAGGAGACUUAAAAGAACAAUCCAAGGCACAACUAAGUGAAGGAUCAAUUACACUUCAUGCUGAAGAACUGGAGAAUAUUUCACAAGUGGAUGAAAAUGAUGUGACAUUAACUGCCAGUAAAGACAAAACAGAGGACACUUUCUUCAUGAACAGCAAACCCCAAAGAUGCAAAGGCAAGCUACUUGAUGGUGGUGAUUCUGUACUUAGGAUAAGCACCAUUGCUUCAGCUAUUGAAAAUGCAUCAGUUAGUACUGAUCCUUCCCAAUUUGCUGCCAUGAUCAAGGCACUUUCAAAUAAUAUUCAGGAAGAUGAUAAACAAAAGGACUGUUCCAUUGUGUCUCAUUUCUUACCUAAUGAUUUAGAAAAAAGUAAUGGAUCUAGCACAUUUGAUAUGGAGAAAUAUCUUAAAAAAACCGAAGUUAGUAGAUGUGAAGGUGGACUGCAAAACUUUUCAAGAGCUGAUGGGUCUAUUUGGGAUUUGUAUUUGCCAAAAGAACGGACUACAGAAGACAUCCAUACAGUAGACUUAGGCGCUACUACUAGAUGUGUAAGGGAAUCAGAAGAAAAUACGGCAGCUAUUUGCUAUGGUGAAAAUGGAGAGAGUGAAAGCCAGGAAUCAUUAAGAUCAAUAAACACUUCAAAUUCAGUUCUUACAAAUAUAAGAGAGAAUGAGAGUGCAGUAGUUGAUAUGAAGACAUAUUCCAUUGACGACAAAUUUCCAGAUAUUGGUAACAGUGAAAAAGCUACCUCAAUGUCCAUUCCAACGUCUAAUAGUUAUUCAUUAGUAAGGACCCCCAGAAUAGCAUCCCUUUGGCUGUCAAAAGAGUGUGAAGAAAUGCAAAGUAAUAGAGAAAAUCAGAGGGAAAAUGAAUAUGUUAGUGAAACUAGCAGUGAAAAGCAUGUGACUUUUGGAAAACAUUCUUUAAUCUCACCUAAAAAUGUUGAUUUGAAAAAUCCUUCUCCUGAGCAUGGUGCAUGUGGUUCAGAAGAUGGCCAAGAUAGCUUCAGACCUUCCACUUCUCCACUGAGUCAUUCUUCUCCUAGUGAAAUUUCUGGAACAAGUUUAUCUGGGUGUGCUUUAGAGACUUUUGGCUCAGCAGCUCAUCAUCAGAAGUCCCCCAGUGAGAGUGGAUUGUCUCAAUUAAUGUGUCCACAAGCUGGUUUGAGCAGGCUGACUUACGUGUCUGAACAAGGGAGCACCUGUCCCACCACAGCCUUAGAUUAUGGCCCUGAGGACCACAAGAGCGAUAUCAUCAGUGAGUUGAGUACCACAAUUAUUCGAGCCAGUCCAAUUCCAUCAGAAGAACAGAGAGAAAAGGGUUCAUUUCAAAGUAGAGGAAAAGGAGCAUCAUCAUGUAUUAUCCAGAAAAGCUCAGAUACAGAAAAAGUGACUGAAACUACAUCUCUGAGUAACACACCUGAAGAUGUAAAACCUGAUCUUAGAUUGAGUAAAGAUCUUUCUUCCCAAAGUGGAGAUCUGUCAGAAACCACUGCGGUAAGUUUGACCUCAGACCCAGAUAAAUUGGAUGAGAUCAGCCUCGUUCAUCUGAGCAAGUCCCGUCUCAGGCACCCAGCUGUGUCAGCAAUACCAUGCCUCCCUAUGUCACACCAAGCAUCUGUAAAUGAAAGUGAGAGAGUAACUUCCAAAGAUACAUCAACUACAGACACUACAUUGAGUGGCCAGGCUCCUCAUCAGACAGCCUCUGAAGACCAGUGUGUUCCUGUUCCCAGCUCCGUGGCUUGCGGCUCUGUACCUGAGAUGCAGAGCGUGCCCACUGCAGUUCCUGCACUCUCAGCUCGACAUUCUUUUACCACAGCUUCCUUUGCCCAGCAAUAUCUGGGAACACUACCUGCAGCUGGAAAUGUUGCUUUGCCUCAGUGCUGUGCUGACAGCACCACAGUUUGUGGGUUCUCAGGAAGCUGUCCUUAUCCUGCUAUCAUAGGAGACAAUGUUCAGAGCUCUGUGGCCAUGGACAUUUGUCUAGGACAAAAUAUCAGCUCUGGACUGAUGGGUACCUCUUCUUUUUAUAACCCGUAUUUUAAUGUGUUACAUCAGAAUCUUCUAACUACAGCAAAACCUUUUCCUGUGCAGUCUCUUGGUGCAAAUUGUGGAAUUGAACCAGGGGAUUCAGGAAUGAUGUCAGGAUUUGGGAAUGUAAGAGUACCUGAGGAACUGAAGUUUCCUCAUGCUUGUUGUGUUGGCAUUGCCUCACAAACCCACCUUAGUGUACUUAAUCCAACUGCUCGCUGGCUGCAGGUCAGCAUCAGGGUGCUCAGUGUUAGCAUUAAUGGUGAAAAGGUGGAUCUUUCAGCAUAUCCUUGUUUAGUUUUCAAGAAUAAAGUCAUCAUAAGACCUCAUGCCACAGAAGAAAUAAAAGUUCUUUUCAUACCAUCCAAUCCUGGGCUUUUUAGAUGUAUAUUCAGUGUUGCUUCUUGGCCAUUUACAGCAGAUGCUGAGACCGUAGUCCAAGCAGAAGCCUUGGCAAGCAGAGUCAUUCUCACUGCUAUUGCCGAGACCCCUGUAAUUGAGGUAGAAACAGAAAAGGAAGAUGUUCUUGAUUUUGGUGACUUGACUUACGGAGGCUGGAAAGCUCUUCCUUUAAAAUUGAUAAACAAGACACAUGCCACCGUGCCAAUCAGACUUAUUAUUAAUGCUAAUGCCAUAGCCUGGCGCUGCUUCACUUUUUCCAAGGAACCAGUCCACGCUUCUAUGACAGCUGCUCCUUAUGCUGAUGUGAUUGCUCAGCUGGCAGCUCCUUCUGUGAUCAAUCACAUGAUGCCUGCCAGUUACCCUGGUCAGGAUCCAGAAUUUCUGAUAAUUUGGGUUCUUUUCCAUAGUCCAAAGAAACGGAUCACUUCUUCAGAGAUUCUAGACUCAGCAGAAGAAUUCUUGGCAAGAGUUGAUAUAGAAGUCGAUAGCCCAAACCCUACAUCAGUCAUUAAAAGUAUUAGUCUUCGAGCAAGAACAGGAAUAGCUAGGAUACAUGCUCCAAAAGAUUUACAGACUAUGCAUUUGUUUGCCAGUGUGGCUUCCUUAACAAAGCAGCAAUUACCUUUGAAAAAUGCUGGGAAUAUUGACGUUUACUUAGAUAUCAAGAUCCCCAAUCAAGGAAGUCACUUUUCAGUGGAUCCAGAGACUCUGUUCCUUAAACCUGGAGAAGAACAUGAAGUUAUCAUUUCAUUUACUCCAAAAGAUCUCAAAGCCUAUGAGGAAAGGAUCUUGAAAAUAUUUGUGCAGCCAUUUGGACCUCAAUAUGAAGUGAUGUUGAAAGGUGAAGUAGUUUCUUCAGCAAAUAAACCUCCACCAUCUGGAUCUUGUUGCUCAUAUAUUCCAUCAAUUUUAUCAAAUAAGCAGUUUCUGGCUUGGGGAGGUGUCCCUCUUGGUAGAACACAGCUUCAGAGACUAGCUUUAAGAAAUAAUUCUACGUCUACAGCCCAACACUUACGACUGCUUAUUAGAGGACAAGAUCAGGACUGCUUUCAGCUUCAGCACACUUUUGGUUCAGAAGAACGACUAACCAAUAACUGUGAGAUCAAAAUUCGUCCAAAGGAAGACAUUAACAUCUCUGUAUUAUUUGCACCUACUCGAUUAUCUUGUAUGUUGGCUAAACUAGAAAUUAAACAACUUGGAAUUCGAUCACAACCAGGCAUUAAGUUCACGAUACCCUUGUCUGGAUAUGGAGGAACAAGUAAUCUUAUUUUGGAAGAUGUUAAAAAAUUAUCUGACAGUUACAUGGUAACCUUGAAUGACUUAAUACCUGGCAAAGAAAGUAGAAUUGUUUUUUCUAUUCGUAACACUGGCUCUCGAGCAGCUUUUGUUAAAGCAGUAGGUUUUAAGGAUUCUCAGAAAAAAGUUUUCCUGGAUCCUCAAGUAUUCAGGAUUUUUCCAGAUAAAUUUGUGCUCAAGGAAAAUACACAAGAAAACGUUACUAUAAUAUAUAAUCCAUCAAGCAGAGAAAGCAGUUACAAAACUGCAACAGAACUGUCAACUGUAUACUUCUUUGGUGGAGAUGAAAUUUCAAGACAGCAGUAUCGAAGAGCUCUGUUGCAUAAACCAAGGAUUCUAGAACAGAUACUUCCAGAGAAUAGUGUGUUGCAGAAUAUUAAUUUUGCCGAAGCAUUUCAAGAUGAGCUACUAGUAACUGAAGUGUAUGAUCUUCCCCAACGGCCUAAUGAUGUUCAGCUCUUUUAUGGAAACAUGCGUAAAAUUAUACUUUCAAUAAUUGGAGAAUUCAGAGAUUGCAUUUCUAGCAGAGAAUUUCUUCAUUCUUCCAAAGAAUCUAAAAGUGAAUCGGACAGUCUUAGGAAACAUGGUGGCAAUGUUUCUUUGGAUGUUUUACCAGUUAAAGGUCCUCAGAGUUCUCCACCUCUUUCACAAGCUGUUUACUCACCUCAAGAUAAAUCAUCUUCUGAAGAAAUGUGGACUGUCCAACCUGAACACUUGAUUUUGGUAGCCCCUACUACUUGUGAUCUGGCAAAAACUGGACGUUUCCAGAUUUUAAAUAAUUCUGUUAGGUUACUGAAAUUUGAGCUGUACUGGCCAGCACAUUGUCUUACGGUAACACCGCAACAUGGAUUUAUCGAGCCAGAGAGUAAGCUACAAAUUCUUGUGAGUCCUAAUUCCACCUUAUCCACAAAACAUUCAAUAUUCCCAUGGAGUGGUUUGAUCUAUAUACACUGUGACAAUGGACAGAAGAAAAUUGUGAAAGUUCAAAUUAGAGAAGACUUGACCCAGGAAGAACUUCUCACUCCUUUGGCCUCCAGCUCAUUUGGAAUUUCUUCUCGAGUAACUGAGCCUUCAGCUAGUCAUCUGGUAAAACCAAUGACAAAACCACCCUCCACAAAAGUUGAGAUAAGAAACAAGACUGUUACUUUUCCUACAGUAGAACCUGGUGAAACUUCAGAAAAUUAUCUGGAACUUGAGAAUCAUGGUAACACAGAAGUGAAGUGGCGUCUGUCAUCUUUAGCACCACCUUAUGUCAAGGGAGUUGAUGAAAGUGGAGAUGUUUUUAGAGCUACCUAUGCAGCAUUCAGAUGUUCUCCUAUUUCUGGUAUACUGGAAAGCCAUGGAAUCCAAAAGGUCUCCAUUACAUUUUUGCCCAGAGAUAAAGGGGAUUAUGCCCAGUUUUGGGACGUUGAGUGUCACCCCUUUAAAGAACCUCACAUGAAACAUACCUUGAGAUUUCAACUCUCUGGACGAAGUAUCAAAGCAGAAAAUGAGCUUGAAAAUUCAUGCAUUUCUACAAAUACUCUUAUUAAAAUAGAUAAUUUAGUUAAGCCCCGAAGACAAGCUGCAUCAGAGGCUUCUCUCAUACAUGGCAGACAGCUUGACUUGACCCACCGUGGAGUUUAUGCCCCAGAAGAUGUAUAUCGGUUUCUGCCAACUAGAGUUGGUGAAUCGAGGACAUUAAAAGUCAACUUGCGAAAUAAUUCUUUUAUUACACACUCGCUGAAGUUUUUAAGCCCCCGAGAGCCUUUCUACGUGAAGCAUUCGAAAUAUUCUUUGAGAGCCCAGCAUUACAUCAACAUGCCUGUGCAGUUCAAACCAAAGUCGGUGGGCAAAUUUGAAGCUCUGCUUGUCAUUCAAAUGGACGAAUGCAAGAGUGUAGCUAUUCGACUAAUUGGUGAAGCUCUUGAAAAAAUUUAACUAGAAUACAUUCUGUGUAAAGUAAAGGGCAUGAGUUAUAUUUUGGUGACUUCACUUUUCUACACUACAAUUAUAUUUUUGUAUAUGUUUUGUAUGAUAAAUUAGAUAUAUAAACAGUAGAACUUUUUGUUUUGAGAAGCUAAGAUUGAAGACCUGACUUAAAUAUCAUGUAUUUAAACUAUAGUAUUGUACUUAACUUUUAAGGGAAGAAGAGAUUUCUAUUUUUGCAUUAAUUAUGAUAUUCUGAGUAAAUAUGGUAUAUAUUUUAAUGUGAUAUAUCCAGAAAUAAAGUUAAUUUUCAUUGAA